AUGGUAACUCCGAAGCACGAAAAGAAGCCCUACUUUGGGCUCACCGGAGGAUGGCUCACCCUCUGGAUCACAAUUGCCUGUGCUACGGACAUGACAUUGUUCGGCUAUGACCAGGGAGUGUUUAGCGGAGUCGUCGUCACGGAGGACUUUCUAGUCGUCCAUGAUCUUGUCGGGCCGACCAAGACGAAAACCUUAUCGACCGUUACAGCCAUCUACGACGUCGGCUGCUUUCUCGGCUCGAUUCUAGCUUUCAUCGUGUCCGAAAGGCUCGGUCGGAAGAAGUCCAUUCUCCUGGGAACCUCCAUAAUGGCAGUCGGUACCAUCCUCCAAGCCAGUUCCUACAGCUUGGCGCAGAUGUUCGUCGGCCGGGUGAUCCUGGGUAUUGGCAACGGAAUCAACACCUCCACGGCCCCCGUAUGGCAAACCGAAACUGCCACCGUCAAAUGGCGAGGAAAGCUGGUCAUUCUGGAAAUGGCACUAAAUGUCUCUGGCUUUGCGCUUGUCAAUUGGAUCAACUACGGGCUUUCUUUCAAAGGUGGUGCGCUCGCAUGGAGGCUGCCCAUCGCACUGCAAUUCUUCUUCAUCUUCAUCCUCUACGCGACUGUACCAUGGCUUCCUGAGUCCCCAAGAUGGCUUCUCUCGCACGGACACAAUGAGCAAGCACUAGAUGUCAUCUCCCGCAUCGAGGCCAAGGCAGCCGAUGAUCCGUACAUCAUCACCCAGUACAACGAAAUCGAAUACAGUAUCAACUACGAACGCGAAAAUGCCGUCUCCUGGACUGAUUUAUUACUACGCCGUCAAAAAACAAAUGAUACCAAAACAUUGCGACGGAUACUUCUUGGUGCGGGAACGCAGGCUCUACAGCAAUUUCAGGGGAUUAAUAUCAUGUCCUACUACCUACCCCUGGUGCUCAUUAACUCUGUCGGCCUGUCAAACAGCAUGUCGCGCCUCCUCAGCGCCUGCAACGCGACAUCCUACUUUGUGUUCGCCUGUGUGGCAGUCAUCAUGGUGGAGCGGUUUGGUCGAAGGGGCCUAAUGCUGAUGUCGACCUUUGGCCAGUUUGCAUGUUUCCUGAUCAUCACUAUCCUCCUUCGAUUCGCCGAGAACGACCCAAAGUAUGGUACCGCAUCAGUCGCAUUCUUCUUUCUGUAUUACAUUGCAUUUGGAAUUGGCAUGCUGGGUGUUCCUUGGCUGUAUCCGACAGAGAUCAAUUCGCUUCCUAUGAGGACGAAAGGUGCGGCUGUCUCGUCCGCAACGAACUGGAUCACGAAUUUUGUCAUUGUCGAAAUCACACCUAUCGGGAUACAGAACAUCGGGUGGAAAUUCUGGAUUGUGUGGACAAUCACCAACGCGGUUUCUCUUCCGAUCAUAUAUUAUCUGUACCCGGAGACCGCAAACCGGACUCUGGAGGACCUCGACGCAUACUACCGUUCAAACCCGUCGCUGAUCGUAACGGGAGACGCGGAUGCAAUCUCAACGGGCCGGCCACUGAAGUAUAUCCAGCAUGAGGACGAGGAAUUACAACGACAGAUCAAGCAGAGGCAGGCGACGGGGGACGAGAUUAAGAUUGGUUCGGCUACCGUCCAGCAUGUGGGAUGA